AUGGCGACAGGAUGGUUCAGCGCUCCCAAGAGCGAAGCCUCACCACCCGACAUCCGCAUCCAAGUCGCGGACCGGCAAGCCGCCGAAUUCUACCUUUCCAACUCCCAGCCUAGUGGUUCGGGCGGGAACAAUGCGACGUAUGUUGAUCGCACGCAUUCAAAGACACAUGUCAAUUCUCCGUCACUGUUCGAUGUCGGCAUCUUGAAGGAUACGCUGAUUCCCUCGUUUACGCUCCAUGCUGGUCUUGCGGGCAUUGCGUAUGGCGCCGCUCGCUACACUAAUCGCGUGGAAGCGAAGGAUUGGCUGUGGCCGUCUGGACAGGUCGCGAAUGCUUGGUGGUCGGCGGUGGGAAGACGUGUUGCUGCUGGUUUGACUGUGUCGCAGGCGUUCAGUCGGUUGUCUUGGCAUGAACGGGUUAUGCUAACGGGCGUGACGCUUUGGGGUGGACGACUGUUCUAUCGCAUUGCGUCGCGCUCGGUGAAGAGAGGGGCGGACGAUCCGAGAUACGAGGUUGCAAAGAAGGAGGAGGGUUUCUGGGAUAGCGCUUGGUACAAGGUGUUCAUCCCCGAGGCGUUUUUCCAGAUGAUCAUUUCUCUGCCCUUCACAGCUCCCUUCCGCCAUGAAGGCGCUGUCAUGAUGGGAUAUCAUCCGUACAUCCAAAUGCUGGCCGUUGGACUAUUCUCUUCGGGGCUUGCUAUGGAGUCGCUCGCGGACUACCAACUCGAUCAGUACAAAGCCGAAGGCGGCCGCGGUAUUCUGAGAGAAGGCGUGUGGAGCAUCGUUCGCAACCCCAACUACCUCGGAGAUACUCUCGUGCACCUCUCCUUCAUAGUAAUGCUCUACGGCUCCGAUAUGCUCGCACCGGUCGAGCUCCUCGGUCCCAUCGCCAACUACGCAUUCUUGCGAUACUUCGGAGGCGACGCUGAGAAGGAAAAGCAUCAAGAGCGCCGCUACUCUGCCUCGCACCCCGAAAAGUUUGCCGAGCUGGAGAAGUUCCGCGAGGACAAAAACUCCUUCUGGCCGCGCACCGAGGAGCUGAGCAAUAAGUGGCUGUGGACUGUUUUGGGCAUUGGAGGUCUCGGUGUCGUGGUAGAGGAGACGUUGAGGACGCUGCACUGAGGCAGGGAGUCACAUUGGGCUAGGUGACUUUGGGCGAUCGGCGUUCCUUACGUUCGCAUGAUUCAAUUGUCCGUAUACAUUACUAGUGACUAAUUCCACACGUGAAGACAUGUCACUCAAUGCAGUCUUCGACUCUCA